CAAGUCCAACAAGACAACGCAAGAGCAAGUAAAAAAAAUUACGCGGGUGUUCUCAGUACAUUUCCAGCAAUCAGACGGGCAGCAGGUGUCGUGGUUUAAUUUGCGGUGUUUUGUGCAUCCCUAAAAACAAAAACAAAAACAACAAAAUAGGCGCCUCCACAGAAAUUCUAAAUUCUAAAUCGACCAACAAAUUUACACGUCCAACCUCCCCCAAAUAUAUAUAUAUAUAUAUAAACAUAUAGAAAAACAAAAACCAACAACAAAAAUUCGAAAUCGUAUUGCAAAAAGUUUCCGAAUUUGUGAUUUUCCCAAUUGAAUUCUGUGUGCGACAGCCAAAAGACAUCAAUACUAAAGAAAUAUUAACGGUUCGAACGGAACUAACUAUUCCUAAACAGAACUUAAAUUAAUCAAAUCAUCCAACGGCAUUUGAUCGCAACGGGACGACAAGUACAGCCAGCACACGACAACUAAAUUGUACAACAGCUGACCGAGAGAGUGAGAGAGAGAGAGAGAGAGAGCAAAAAGCGCUGCCCCCAGCUCAACCCAAACCGGCCCGACUUUGUAAACGUUCCGUCCAUGGUUGAGGCACCGAGUGAGAGAGUCCGGUGAAAAUGGACAAAGGCCGUCAGAGAUUGCCACAACUUUCGCCCAAUUAGCAGCACAAGGGAGCAGGAGCAGGAGCAGGAGUAGGAGCAGGAGCAGCUGGAGCAGCAGCAGUAGUAAGCAUCAAGAUUGGCGGAACGGCACUGUAAAUAUUUGCGAAUCUCCACACAAAGCUGCACACGAGCAAACAUACGUUCACAAUACAAUAGAGACUAGGAAAUAGGAUUCGGCAACAAAGCGCGCUUGGAUCGAGCCCAUUAGGACAUUAGGCAGACAUACAAAGCGGCCGAAGUAAACGAAAGAGUCAAGGACACGGCACAAGUUCCUAUAAAUGACCGAGUCCACUCAGCUGCAAACGGCGGAGAAUAACAACGCGGGCGUGGUCAAAAUGGAGCCACCGCCACUGGCGACCUCCACCCACUCGCACACGCACGCCCUGGCCUCUACAGCAGCCGCUGGCGCCGGCACGGCGCUAUCCCCAGCAACGCCGCCCCUACCACAGCAGCAGCAGCAGUCGCAGCAGCAGCAGCAGCAGCAUUAUGCGCUUAAAUGGAAUGAUUUUCAAACGUCAAUACUCAGCUCGUUUCGGCACUUGCGGGACGAGGAGGACUUCGUGGAUGUGACGCUCGCCUGCGACGAGCGCUCCUUCACCGCACACAAGGUUGUUCUCAGCGCCUGCAGUCCCUACUUUCGCAAGCUGCUUAAGGCCAAUCCCUGUGAGCAUCCCAUUGUCAUAUUGCGCGAUGUGCGCAGCGACGAUGUUGAGAACCUGCUAAGCUUCAUGUACAAUGGCGAGGUGAAUGUGAGUCAUGAGCAGCUGCCGGACUUUCUGAAGACGGCGCACUUGCUGCAGAUACGCGGCCUGGCGGAUGUCAACGGCGGCUAUCCCUACUCGAAGGCGCUGUCCGCUGCACUCAGCAACAGCAGCAACAGUAGCAGCAACAACAACAACAAUAAUGCAGAAAGCAGUAACAAGAACAACAAAAUUAGCAACUAUUUACCCACAGCGCUGAAUGCCAACAGCAACAGCAGCGCCAGCGCCAACAACAGUCACAGCCAGAGCCACAGCCAGAACCAGAAUCAGAAUCAGAGCCAGAGCCAGAGCUCGACAUUUAGCACUCCACAGACGCCGGCAACAGGGUCGGCAUCCAGUGCGGUGGCUGCUGCCGCUGCCUCGCUGACGGCAGCCGUUGCGGCGGCCGCUGCCAGCCUGCCACUGAGCAGCGGGAGCAGCCAGGGUCAGGCGGGCCAGCGGGAGUCGGGCGCAGCACAGAGCGGCAGCAGCAGCAGCGGCACGCCCGCCAUUCAGGAGCUGAAGGCAUCCGCAGCGUCGCCCGUAAGAAACUCAAAUCCCAAUCCAAGCAAAGCCAGCAGCAACAACCACUGGGAUCUGAGCGACAUGGAGGGCAGUCGCAAGAGUCACCUGACACCGCCGCCACAGAAGCGCAUCAAGAGCGCGGAUCUGUUUCGGGCACAGCACGGCAUCAGUCCGGAGCGUUUGCUAAUCGAUCGCGACUUUCCCGUGGCGGGGCAACAUCCAUUGACGCGCAACCGCAGCCGCGACACGUCCAAGGAUCGCGAUCGCAACCUGGAGCUGCGCGAGUCUCUGCUCGGUCAGGCACUGGAGAACAGCAAUGGACAGCAGGCCAAUCAGAAGCACGAUCUCGGCCAGAGUGCCGGCGAGGACUCCAAUAGCAGCGAUACGGAACCCUCGGAUCGUGGCGAUGGCCACCACGACGGCACUCUCGAUGGCAUGGACAAUCAGCGCUCGCACUCCUUUCCAAAUGCAUUCCUCGGCCUGCAGGGCAUACCCGGCCUGCUGCCAGGACCUUCCGGCCUAGGUGGCAGUGAUUUUGUUUCGCGUCGCUCGCUGGAGAUGCGCGUGCGUGCCACAGAUCCGCGACCCUGCCCGAAGUGCGGCAAGAUCUAUCGCUCGGCCCACACGCUGCGCACCCACCUGGAGGACAAGCACACGGUGUGCCCCGGCUACCGGUGCGUGCUGUGCGGCACCGUGGCCAAGUCGCGCAACUCGCUGCACUCGCACAUGUCGCGGCAGCAUCGCGGCAUUUCCACGAAGGAUCUGCCCGUGCUGCCCAUGCCGAGCGCCUUCGAUCCAGAUCUCGCCUCGCGGCUGCUGGCCAAGGCCGGCGUCAAGAUAUCGCCCGCGGAGCUGCGCGCCCGUGCCUCGCCCACCGGUGGCAGCGGCAGCAGCGGCGGCGCCGGCAACGGCGGCAACGGCUCCCAGAAGCUGGACCUGAGCAAUGCCAGCGGCGGCCCCCUGGACGACGCCGAUGACUCCGACGACGACCCCGAGGAUCUGACCACCGGCAGCGUGCUCUACGGCAACAAUGCCAACGACCUGAGCCGCUACCACGAGAGCCUGCUGAGCAACUUCGGGCAUGCCAACACCACCAUUUCGCGCAUGCGGACCGAGGCUGCGGCGGCGGCAGCUGCAGCGGCUGCCAUUGGCCAGCAGAAGGAACUCAACGCCGCUGCCGGCGGCAGCAGCAACGCGGGGCAAUCGCUGCUGGACACCUAUCUGCAGUUCAUCACGGAGAAUACUUUCGGCAUGGGCAUGACGCAGGAGCAUGCGGCUGCAGCGGCGUUGCAUGCCGCCAAAAUGGCGCAGCUGAAUGCCAUGGGUCACAGUCUGGACAAACUGCCGGCGGGUCUGCUGCCAGCCCAGUUCGACCUAAGCAAGCUGGCCGGCGCGGCUGGCGCAGCAGCGAGUGGCUUCGGCCACGGCGCCGCUGGACUCUCCAUUGAGCCAAUCCUGAGACGCGACCAACAGCAGCAGCAACAGCAGCAGCACGCGAACAGCCUCUCACCUGAUGCGAACGGAGCGCUGGGGCUCAGCUCGAUGGCCCAUAUGCAUGGCAAUCUGGGCGCUGGCGCGGGUGGGGAGCCCGAUGAAGUGGAUGUGGAUGCCGAGGCUGAGAUACGACGGGAUGGGUCAGAGCCCAUGGACUUGGGCCUGGGCCUCGACAACAACAAUCAGUCGGGCAGCAACAAUGAGGCAAACAAUUCCGACGCCGAGGAUAAUUUCUCUGAGGAUGAGGGCGUGCAUCACACAUAAGCUAGAGGCAAUACACACACACACACAAAGACAGACAGAGAAAGAGAGAGAGAGAGAAAGGGAAGAGAGAAACAUGCAUACACAGCUAAAGAGAGCGGGUCGUUUAUAAGAGAGCAAAAGAUAUUACGAUAUUAGGAUACUUCGGUAUUCGCAUGUCGCAUUUAGAAGAACAAUAGAUGUUUUACGAUAUUCGUAUAUCGUAACUCGAAGAAUCAACCUCGUCGUCGUCUUCGUCGUGAACAGUUGUAUACCCAGAAAAUGGAACAUUUGUAACGAGUAGCCUUAUCCUCAUGUAUACCAGUUUACGUGUACAAUAUAAUAUAUAUGCAUACGAUAGUUACGAUAGUUACCUAGGACCUAAAAACAGUUCAUGAAAUAAUAUCAUGACAUGUGCUGCGUUUAUUAUAUAUAUAGUAGAAUCUAUGUUGUGCUUUUCAAAGACGGAAUCAGAACAAGCUGCUAUUCAAUACCUACAUAUGUGGGUUGGAAUAGAAAGGAGAUAAGCAUAAAUAUACUCACAUACAUAUACAAACUAAUCCAUAUAUAACAUAUAUAUGCUUUAUACAACUAUAUAUAUACACAUGUACCUGUUGUGUGUAUGUAAAAAUGCAGUUUAGGAAUGCAAGAACCAAGACAGUUUCAAAUUCAACUCCAAAAUACCUAAACAUAAACCUAGAUCUAGGUAAAUAUAUACAGAUACAUAUAGAUUUUAGUGUUAGCAAUUCAAUUCUGUAAAUAGCUAAGAAGCAAGCAAGCAAAGAAAGCAUUUAAGCGGACUAUACGCAUACUCCAAUUGAAUACUCUACGAAAAUCCGUCUCAGUUUUUGAAAUGUAUAUGUGUGUGUUAUUGUGAAAGAGAAACAAUUCAGAUGUGCCAUGCCACAGCCUACCUAUAUACAUAUACAUAUAUAUGCAUAUAUAUACUAUUUAUAAUGCUAACCAUAUCUCAGGAAUACACGCAGAACAACCAAACUACCUCAGCUGAAUGAAAUUGUGUGAACCAUCCAUCGUAAUAUAUCUUCCAUAUAGCUCUGCGUUCGUUAUGGUCAGACUUGCUUAUAACAUACAUAUACAUACAUACAUGCAUAUAACUUUCACAGCAGACUUGACAGCUGCCUAGUUUUAGGUUCUCCAUUGGAUGAGUGCAAGAAAAAAAAAAAAUUAAAUAAAAAGAAAAGCAUCAAGAUCAGAAAAAGAAAGCUAGAAAAACUCAAGCCAAUUUAAUAUUAUAGAUAUAAAAACGAUUUUCAGGCAAUGUAAAUUUCAUAUAUUAUUUAUACAAAAGAGAGUUACAAAUACAUAUACACAUGCAUUUGUAUGCAUAUAUACGUUUAUAUAUGUGUGUAUAGUUUUAAUUGCAAACCAAUUUGUUUUGGGGUUAAAUGUAACUGAAUCAAAUACCUCAACAUACUCAGUUCACUCUUAAUUUAUACAAAGCACAAAAGAAAAUGAAAAAUGAAAAACACGAAUUGCACUAAAAUAAAUUGAAAGGUUUCUUCAUGUUAUUAUAUGUCCGAUUUCCUCCUACAUGUACAUUUAGUUUGAAUAUACCCAAAAUUUUACUAGUUUUAUUGUUAGUUUGAAGAGGAAACUCUACAAGAGUUGAAAACUCUCCCACUUGCCUUAUUAUAAUUAUGAAUAUGUGUUAAUUUUUAGUAAUUUUCUACCUCAAUUAAUUUAACUAUGUUAUUAUUUAAGCGCGCAAUCUUGAAUAUACAUAUACAUAUACACAUAUAUAUAUAUAUAUAUUUUUUGGUCGCUUUGUAAUUGUGUUUCCUGAACUAAAUUACACGAGUCAUCAAAUAUUUAGCAUAAAUUUUAUUGAAUAUGGAAAAUGAGUAGAAAAUAAAUUAUAUUAUAUAUAAAUAAAGCAAGUUAUAAGUAUAUACAAAUAUGUUAUAUUUGUUUACAUCUCUCACUCACUGUCCAUUUACCUUGGUUGUGCUUAUAUUUGUUUCAUUUCAAGCAUGCCCACUGCAAUAUGCAUUUUAAAAGACAAACCUGAAAUGCACUCACAAAAACCACCAACAAACACACUCACACACAGUAUGCAAUUAAGUCGCUAGAAUUAAACGAGUUAGUUAAAUAAAAGUUACAUAAGCAAUUUAAGUAGAGAUCCAUGUGCUUAGAAAGUUAUAAAUAUUUAUUAAAAUUACAAUAAAAAUGCGUUGAAAAGAACCAA